AUGCGUAGAAGAAAGAUUAAAGAUCUAUUCAAGAAAACUGCAAUAAUUUCCAAUACGAAAUUAGGCUUAGAACGAGGAUCACUUGCCAAAUUAGUGCCUUUGGGUGAUGCUCAUCCAGAUUUGUGGGUCAACGAAAGAAAUAUAGUUGAAAAAGUGGCAAAUGAGGAAAGACGACUUUGGGCACAACAGGACGAAGGAUUUAAGUACAUGGAAAAUAUAUUAAGUAAUUUGACAAGAGGAGAUACAGUCCCAGGUGAUUGUGUCUACGAAUUGAUAUACAAAAAUAGGAUCGAGCUAGAUUCAAUAAAAGAAUAUGUGAAAAAUCGAGGUUUCUCAAUUGAUGAAAGUGGAUUUCUUGAUUUAGCGGAGAAUAGACGAAGAAAACAAAGAAAAGAACACAUUUCAUCAUAA